GUAAGCCACUCAAACGCUGACAGUCGAAAUUAGACAAACCCAGUGUGUAGACGCAAGGCAGUCAAAAAAUAUAAAUAAAAUACAAAUUUAGUGAUUUGAAAACUUAAAAUCUGAAAAAUGCUUCACUACAGUUUACGCUUAAUAUUGGUAUUAUCCUUAUGGUCCUGCGGGAGUGCUUACAUUAUACCCAAAGAUUUACCCGAGCGUGUCGGCGAUAAGUUCAUAUAUUUCGGCUAUGGUAGUAAUAUGUUGACGAAGCGCAUACAUAUACAAAAUCCGACGGCGGAAAAGAUCGGUAUGGGUAUAUUAAAGGAUUAUCGUUUAGAUUUUAAUACAUACACGGAACGUUGGGGUGGUGCACCGGCGACAAUUGUUCCCACAGAUGGUGCAUACGUUUAUGGCACACUGUGGGAGAUUGGGCUGAGCAAUUUGGCUGAUAUUGAUGACCAAGAAGGCGUCCACGAAGGCAUUUACUAUGCUGCGAGCUUGCCCGUAAUGCUGUCAAAUAAUACUAUAGCCAUUGCACGCGCCUAUUUGUUGGCUGAUCAGCCAAAAAUCCCCUUAAAUGAUUUCCCCAACGCUGAUAAGGUGCCAGCCGGCCGUCAACCGUCGAAAACUUACUUGCAGUGCUUGGUGAAGGGUGCUGAGGAGACUGGCAUUGUGCCAUGGUAUGUCGAGUGGUUGAAGUCGGUCAAGCACAACGGACAUGUAGCGCCGGAUUUGGAGCAAGUUUUGGACUUGAAAAAUGUGCAAUUGAAUUCAUGAAGUGAUGUGCACUCUCUUGGAGCACUUAAUGACUGUGAUAAAUGUUUAUAAAAUAUUUUAUAUUUAAAAAAUAUAUAUUUUUAGUGGAAAAAUUA